GUUUGGCUUCGAUUCUAAACUGUCUUUUAACCAGUCACGGCAGAUAUUUUUUUUUUUUUUUUGUGCGGAGGGAGGGAAUAAGAAGCAGAGGAGGCUGGAGUUGUUGCUGUUUGUUGGUACUUGAGCGAGCUAGAAUGUAGUGAGUCAGUAGUCCUUUAUAUGCAUUUGCAAUAUGAAGAAUGGAAGAAGACGAUGUUUCUAUCAGAGAGCAGAAUUUUCACAGCCAAGUUCGGGAGUACAUCAUUUGUUUCCUCCUGUUUGCCGUCCUCUACAUUGUGUCCUACUGCAUUAUAACCAGAUACAAGAGGAGGAGUGGUGAUUUUGUCUCCUUUAUAGAUGACCACGAGGACGAGGAUGCUGUCGUCAACAGAAUAUCAUUAUACUUGUGCACUUUCACCCUGGCCGUGUCGGGUGGUGCCGUCUUCCUACUGCCUUUCUCAAUCAUUAGUAAUGAGAUCCUGCUGUCCUUCCCCAAAAACUAUUACAUUCAGUGGCUCAAUGGCUCCCUCAUCCACGGCUUGUGGAACCUGGUGUCACUGUUCUCCAAUCUCUGCCUCUUCGUCCUGAUGCCCUUCGCCUAUUUCUUUUUGGAGUCUGAAGGAUUUGCGGGAUCAAAAAAGGGCAUUAGGGCACGUAUUUUGGAGACCUUUGUGAUGCUCUUCUUGCUGGCACUGCUCAUUCUGGGAAUAGUGUGGGUGGCCUCAGCUCUUAUUGACAAUGAUGCAGCCAGUAUGGAGUCGCUCUACGACCUCUGGGAAUUCUACCUGCCGUACCUGUAUUCCUGCAUAUCUCUGAUGGGAGGAUUGCUUUUGCUAAUGUGCACUCCGGUGGGACUGUCCAGGAUGUUUACUGUCAUGGGCCAGUUACUCGUGAAGCCAACGAUCCUUGAGGACCUGGAUGAGCAGAUUUACUGCAUCCAUUUGCAGGAGGAAGCCCUUCAGAGGAGAUUAAACGGGUCAUCCUCACACACUUACACGCGAGGAAGCUUUACACACCAGCUCAACAAAGAAUUGGACAACGUCAGAAAUCAACGGAACAAACUAGAAAGAAGAAAGAAGGCAUCAGGAUGGGAGAAGAACUUGCUGUAUCCCAUAGUGAUGCUGAUCCUGCUCACAGGAACGACAAUCUCAGUUCUUAUGGUGGCUCUGAAUAUCCUCUACCUUCUCGUGGAUGAGACUGCCAUGCCCAAAGGAUCCACAGAGCGAGGCAUUGGGAACACCUCUUUGUCCACAUUUGGGGUGGCUCAGGCGGCGCUGGAGAUCAUCCUCAUGUUCUACCUGAUGGUGUCUUCCGUCGUCGGCUUCUACAGCCUGCGCGUCUUUGAGGGACUCACUCCCAGGAAGGAUGACACAACCAUGACAACGAUCAUCGGAUGUUGUGUGUCCAUCCUGGUCCUGAGUUCCGCUCUACCAGUGAUGUCCAGAACGCUCGGUAUAACCAGGUUCGAUCUUCUGGGAGACUUCGGCAGAUUUAAUUGGCUGGGAAACUUUUACAUCGUGCUCUCAUACAACCUGCUGUUUGCGGUCGUGACGACACUUUGUCUCGUGAGGAAAUUCACUUCAGCGGUACGAGAAGAGCUCCUGAAGGCUUUAGGUCUGGAUAAAUUGCAACUGUCAAACAGCCCCACAGACCCUGAAUCUGGGAAGCUCUCGGCCAACGGGCAUCAGAAAACUCUGUGAAAGGGACGAUAGAUCAACACACACACACACACACACACACACACACACACACACACACACACACGCACGCACACGUUAGCACAGCCAAAGGGAGAUUUCGACAGUACUGCCUGACUGCUGAAAGGUGAAAAGGAUUGGAAGGAACUUAAUAAACCCAGGCGGUGUCUGACGGAUGCUGCAAAUGGAGGCUGAGAGCAAUUUAGCUUCGUGACAUUCCAUCCUCUGCGUCUCGGAUGGAAGCUGGGACCGAGCCAGGACUGAGACUGAGGAGUGAAAUAGACUGGCAUCACUGCAGUGACCUUGAUGUUGACCUCAACCGCGACUGUGACUUCGAACAACCCAUCUCUUCCUUCGGGGGCGUUCUCACCCCCACCACCCCCCCACCCCCCCCCCCCGGCAUCGCUCCCUGGUAUCCUUUUCCAGCCUUCGCACCGCCGCACCACACAAACGCAGAUGAAACAAUGCACCUUCUGCUCGCUCUCCGUUUCAAAGUCUUACACCGGCUCCGCUCUCUUACUUAAACACAACCGACACGAUUCACUGAGGCAUAUUUUAAACGUCAGUCUUGCAGGUAACGGUCUUUAAUCGUUGGGUUUUCUUUUGAUUUUUUUAGGUGAACUGAUAAAAGCAUGGCGAAGCAUCAAGCUGUUAUUGUUAAUCAAAGCUCAAAACAUGGAGGGGGGGGAGAAAAAAAACUACAAAAUGAGCUUUGUUACGCAUGAGAAUAAAUGAUUUCUUCACAUUCAUCUCAUUCAGAACAUAAAAAACAAACUGCACUGCAUCAUUACAGUUGAAAUUAUAUGCAUUGGUGCUGUCAUUGUGAAUGACAGGCCUCAGAUUUUAGCACUCCUGCUGUCAUUUGUCUUUUUAUCGGGCUUCGUUCAAGUGCGCUUCGACUUUAUUGAUGAUGUCAUUAGUUUGUACGAAGUAGGGGGAGAACUUUCUUUAGGCGCUCCAGAUUUGAUGUGAGCUAAUCUCCAACCGGGAAACGACACCAACACCUAAUCCAUCUCACUUCCGGUGAGCAGGUUGCUUUAGCACAUCGGAGCUAAUCCUGAAUGGGGGGGGGGCGGGGUUUCCAAAAAUCUUAUUAUGCAUAUUUUAAAAAAAAAAGAAGAAGAAGAAGAAAUGUCCUUAAUAUUUUUGCUUGUUUCCCAAAAAAAUUACAGGAUACACACACAUACACACACCCACACAUCACAUUCAUUUGUAAAAUUGUAUUCACAUGUACAUAAUAAAUUGUGUUUCAUACCUCUUUCGCAUUACUUGGAUGUAAAUAUUGCGCUCUGUCUGAGCCCGCCGAGGGUCUGACUCGCUAAGCAUUUUUUUGGUCUUCUUUUGUACGUAAAUCGUUUUAACAGAUAGUUCAUUUAAUGCAAACAUGUAACAGCGUUCACACACACACACACACACACACACACCAAAUGCAUGAGUGAAAACAUCCAGCUUUGCAGCAGCUAGGAGAGAGAGACUUGGUGACUCAGGCCCCCCCCCCUUUUACAUGUUGUCGUAUUGCUGCAUAAUCUCCCGAACUGUGAUGUUCUUUGUCUUCAGAACCACCUUAAAUGCCUUAAGCGACAAGCGUGAUGCAGGCUUGAUGUUAAGGUCGUUUCUUGUUCUGUGGAGUUCGUUACGUACGUGCGUCUUGUGAGUCUCUAGACAGUUCCACUGUGACCCCCCCCCCCCCCGCCACACACACACCGCCGUAGGCCGCCGAGUUUCUAGUCCAAAGCCGAUCUGUUUGUGUCCUGACUGUCACAGCGAACCCACAGCCGACACUCAUUCAUUACCCAGAAAAAAUGAGCACUUGCUAUAAGAGUUUGGUGAUGUUAGGGAUGUUUUCAUGCCAACUUAAGUCACACAAUGGUGAAGCAAGAAGAAGAAAAACACAUGUAUCAAAUGUAUCCAAAGCAAUUGUGUUUGGAUGUGUUUAAAAAAAAAAAAAGAUGAUCUCAGUUAUUACAAGAAGUUCAUAGACAUUUUGCUGACUGGGACGAUAUUGGAGCAAAUUUACCCGAACUGUCCACUGAUUGAAACAUUUCGUCAAUAUUUUACCACAACAGUCUUCGAAUGAUGUGAAAAAUCAAGAUGGCACAAAGUGAAACUGACUUGGAAAGAGAACUGGAGCAGGGUGAAUUAGAGAAUUAAAAGGGAUGUUAUUUAUUAAUCUGGAUGAUGUUCAAGUAUUUUGGGAUAAACGUAGUUGUGCUGCAGACUGCAGUGAAACUGGACUGUCUGAUACUUAGCAGGGAAGUGUCUCACCUCUCAUAAAGUCUCGCAAUCAUACUCCUGGCAUUAAAUUCUGAGGUGAGGACUGACAGGACCGUUUUCUACUCCAGCAGCUCUUCUGGUUGCCUUUACAGUACAUGUCUGGGAUGAGGAGGCAUUUUCAGAGUUUGGAUUUGGCCUGUACUGUAAAUGAAGCAGCUUUUAUUUUUGUCUGUCUUUCCCAGUCAGUCUCUGCAUGUCCUUUUUGGUACCUUUAUGUGAAUGUAUUUUUUUACAAUUUCUCAGUUUGCUAAGUGUUUGGUUUUUGUUUUUGUUUUUGUUUUGUUUUUUUUGGUUAUUUUUGAUGUCUGUGUGUUUGCAAAUAAAAACAAGAAAAAAG